GGGCCCCUCUCAGGAUCACGCGGCAGGAAGCGGUAUGGCGUCCAAGCACGGGCAGAAGAAGGAGAAGCACGCGGUGAGCUCGGAGGAGAGCCCCCAAGUGAAGGAAGUCAGGCAGAAGAUCGACAAGCUCAGACAAGGGAUCGCAGCCGAGGCAGAGAUUAUCGUCCAUGAGAAGAUGCCUCAAAAGAUGAUGAUUCAUGGCGGUUGAACUAUCUGCCACCAUGUUCUUGAUUUUCCUUGCUUUCUCCGCCCCCUCCUCGGUUUCCCAAGAUUCAAACUUGAUUCAGGUGGCGGAGCUUUCCAAGAUCUUAGAGGAAGACGAGCUGUGGAGAUACCCGGAACACGAUGACAUCGUCAAUCUUACUGGAAGCCUGGACAACACAGCUGCAAGCGCGAAGAAGAGGAAAGUGGAAGAUGGAAACCUGUCACCCAGGAAAACUGCGAAAUCCGACAAGGACCAUGACGCCCCUCUCUGUGAACAUUCUAUCGUCAAAAGCGAUAUCGUUUUCGGAUCCAACGAGAGGAUUCUGAAGCAGCAGGCCAUCUUGAAGAAGGAGAUACAAGACUGUCUUCAGAUGCUGAGCAAAGUCAAGAUUUGGAUUCAGCUGAAUAUCCCCAAGGUGGAGGAUGGCAACAAUUUCGGGGUUUCGAUUCAGGAAGAGAGCGUGAAUGAUCUCGCUAAGGCAGAGGACACCAGUUUCGCGCUGCUGGACGGAAUCAACAAGUACUUCAUGACUCGCGGGAAGCUUGUUUCUCGACUUGGCAAAUAUCCCGGCGUCAAGGAUUACGCGAUGAGCAUCCAAGAAGUUGAUCGCAGGGAGCGGGUCAACCUCUGCUUGUCGCUGCAUGACCUUCGCAACAAUUAUUUCAUUCUGUAUGACUCCAUCACGAAGAACCUUGACAAGAUCAAGAAGCCAAGGUCCAACCACGACCUGCCAUUCACAUGAUUUGGCGCUGUAAAUU